AUGACCGAAUGUCGUCUUUGCAAGGAAAAUCUCAGGAUAAAAGGUGUCAUUACAAACAGCAGGAUUUUCCAGAAGGACACUAAUGCAAAAUCAAUCGAGGAACGGCUGGCAGAAAUCGGGUUGACAUUAGCAAAUGUCCAGGAGCGUUCGUUUCGAAUUUGUCAGAAGUGUUUUCGCUUCAUUGCUAGGCUAGAAGAGAGUUUGAGUACUUUCAGAGAAUGGCAAGACGCAGAAAAAGAACCGAAUCACCCUAGGCCUAUCCAGUUUAACAUCAGCCACGACGACCGCGAGUGCAGCAGACACCACCACCACCACGGCCUCGGCCUAGGCAAUCGCAAGCAAACGGGACAGAGCCCGAACCCCAUCGGAGCAACCACCGACCCCUACGGCCCCCCAGCUCCGAAAUUACCGAGGCCAGCAGCCACUGACAACACCCCAGCUCGACAAAGCGUUACAGAGGUGGUUGUCUAUUACCCCACCAGAAGUAAAGGUGAAAGGAUGGUGUGUCCAGAUGGCACAGCGGUAGUAGUGGAGGCCCUGGCAAGAAAAAACUGGAACUGGGCAGCCAAACAGAUAACGAAACACCAAGAGCUGUUUGGACCACUCACAGAACACAUUCAAAACAUUCUGGAGGAAGAGUGCAAGAAGAUAUGCAGCCCUUUCACCCAUUUCAUGCUGGCCAAUACAUUGGCUGACAGUUUUAAGGCAUUUUCAUUUCAGAAAUUGCAAGCAGAUUUUUUUUUUGUGAUACCUCAGCAUACUAAGAUGGAUAUGUGUACCAUGAUGUGCAUAAUGCAGAAGUCACUUGCCCUACAACCAAGGACACUUCCAGGGCCCAAACACCUUACACUGAGACACAGCUAGAGACUGUUGAUGGCCCAUUGGUUAUGUACCUGUGAAUUUAACAGGCUCCCUCUUGAUGUCUGUUCAGCUGAGUGGAAACAGAUUUUAAAGGGAUUGUAUGGUGAAUGUAUAUUCUAUUCAUGCCAUUCAAUAGUUUUUAUAGUUUUGUUAAUAUUUAUUAUGUUUCUCUGUGCACAUUAUUUAUGUCUUAUCAUUGUACAGUUAAUACAACACCCAGAUUGGCACAAUAACACUUUUAUUUACAUAU